CCGAACGAUCCCGCCGCCGUCUCCUCCGUCGUCCGCCCCCACUAAAACAUAUAUUCAGUACAGCGCACACAGCUCCUCACCACGGCCUUCCUGUCUUCAUCAUGUUCGGCGCGACGUUCAAGCCCCAGAUCCGCCAGGACGGCUUCCACCUCGCGGGCACCCCGCCCAGCCCGCCGAUCGGGAACGGCUUCGACGUGAACAACAUGUUCGGCCUCCCCGACGCGUUCCGCAAGUACCAAGGCCCGCACGACGGCGCCAGCAGCAUGGACUUUGGCGACGAGCUCGCCUCGCUCAUCUCCACCUCGCACCCGAACGGCGGCGCCAACCCGGGUCAGCAGCAGCAGCACCAGUCUUCGCACGAGCGGUCGACGAGCGCCUACGACGACGGCUACCGGCCCCCGACGCACAACAUCUUCGACAUCUCCGCCCCGACGACGCACAACCCGCACCUCACCGGCUCGGCGACCUCGUCCGGCGCGCCCUUCUCCAACUCGCACGCCUUCUCCCUCCCGCAGACGAUCCACCGCCCGCCCGAUCUCGGCGGCGCGCCCUCGCUCGGGACCCACCACCACCAACACCACCCCGGCUCGCUGCACGACUUCUCCACCCCGGCGCACUUCAACUCGACCCUGCCCGCGCUCAACUCGUCCAUGCGCUUCGACCCGCACCCGCCGCAACCGCACGAGCAACAGCCGUCCUCGCUCUCGUCCUCCUUCUCCCACGUGCCCUCCGAGUACUCGCUCAACCAGUCGACCCGCUCGCUCACCCGGCACACGCCCUCGCCCGUCACCUCCAACGGCUCCCAGCCGGGCACCGGCGUCCCCUCGGACUCGCGCUCCCGCUCGCGCUCCCGGGCGCCCUCCAGCGGCCCCGGCCCGACCCGCACGCAGUCCACAUCCCGCGCCGCGCGCACCUCCCGCGCCAAGCGCAACUCGAUCUCCUCCGGCAGCCCUCCCCCGCGCCCCCAGCCCGGCCCGCUCAUCAUCCCCCGCUCCUCCUCCUCCAACCCUCCUCCCCCGGUCAACCUCAACCUCAACCUGACCGGCCUCAGCGGUCCGAACGGGGUCAACGGCAUGGGCUCGCCGCUGCACGGCACGGCCGGGGGCUGGUACGUGCCCGCGCACACGCCGUCGCACGCCCACCCCGAGUUCAGCCUGCCGACGCCGGACUCGAUCAGCUCCCACACCCACUUUUUGGACGGCGGCUUUGGUGCGCCGCACGGGCUCGGCGUCAGCCCGAAGGACGUCGCGAUCAUCGGCGAGAACCCGGCCGCCACGAACGACCCGCAAGCGAAGCAAGCGGCGCUGGCGUCGGAAAAGAGGCGGAGGAGGCGCGAGUCGCAUAAUGCGGUCGAGCGCCGGAGGAGGGAUAACAUCAACGAAAAGAUAUCCGAGCUAGCGACGCUGAUCCCGGAGUGCAUGCUGGAUCCCAAUGCCUCGACCACCUCCGUGCCGAACGAGGAGCAGGCGCUGAACCCCGCGGGUGCGUCGCCCGAGGCGGCGAAGAAGGAGGAGGUGGAGGAGAACGGGACGACGCCGACGGACGGCGGCGCGGUGAAGGCGAACAAGGGCAUGAUCCUCCGCAAGAGCGUGGACUAUAUACGCUACCUGCAGCAGCUCGUCAGCGCGCAGGCGAACCGGAACCGCGAGCUCGAGGGCGAGCUCGAGAAGUACCGCGCGGGCGAUGGCAGCGCGACGAAGGAGGGCGGAGAGGGAGACGACGGCGAUAUGGCCGGGUUGGUGUUGCACGAGGACGUGGACGGGUUCGCGAUGGUCGGCGGACCGUCGUCGAGCAGGAGGUUUAACGGCGGGUAUCAUCCUGAGUUUGGGCUGGCGUCGGUGGACGAGAUGGAUGUGGAGGAGGGGGAGGAUGUUAGGCCCGGUACGGCGAUGACGGGGAUGUCGGCGCUCGCGCUUACGAGCCCUUCUGCGGGGAGUGGGGGCUCGCCGCCGAGUUUGGAGGAGGACGGGGAGGAGGAGGGGCAGCAGGGCGCGCAGGAGGAGGAAGAGAGGGGAAGAAGGGGGCGGGACGGCAAGCCGCGCGCGGUGGAGGAUGUGAAGGUGAAGGAGGAGGAGCAGGCGCUGUCAUGACGGGAUGAACGAGGCGACGACGCCGAUUCGCGCACGACGAGCCGCUCGACGACGCCUAUUCACGCCGACUGACGACCCUUGCGAUGCUCUCUCUCUCUCUCUCUGUCUAACUUUGUCUUUCUUCACUUCACUGUCUCACCGUCUCACUCUCCCUCGUCUUGGCGCCUCGUCGCUAAAAAAUACCUUGCGGAAGAAGUCGCAGUGCCAACCUCAACCGCUCCGCAUAACAUGCUCUCGUCAUACCGCCUUUGCUCGAUACCCCUCUCUCUCCCCCCCCAUCUGAUCGCCUCCCGGAUCCACAUCUAGCAUCGCGUUUCCUGGGACGAUAUAAAACACCGAUCAUACGCAGACGAAGCACAGCUGGCGACUGGAGGAGAUUGCAGGUGGGGACCCUGACCCUUGGAGCUCGCAUCGACUCUGGGCCGUCUAUCCUUGCAAUCACGUUCCCUCCCGAUUUGAGAUUCCCCCACUCUAUUGCCACCGCUCGCGCUCUGCAUAUAUGCACCGGACCCCACCCUUUUUGUUUACCUCCGUCCUGGCCAUGCAUCGAGAAGCACAGCCCCCUCACCACCACCAUCAUCGUUUCCUUCGGCGCUGCGAAACGCCGUGGGGCGGCCACUCACUCACGAUUCAUGUGUUAUGCUCGGCGUCCCCUACGUCCCACAUCCUAAACCACUCCUCUAUAUGCGCUGCUUUAAGUUAC